GAGACCACCGGCUCUAGCCCUGAGCUCAUACUGAAGUCCUACAUCAUAUGUCUAUAUCCUCGACCACACGGCUAUGACAAGGGUACCGAAUCAAAGGAUCUAAGUAUACCGUUGGACUCAGGGGAGGAAAUGACACCAGAAAAGCCAGGCACCAACAGUCUAUAUGCAGAACUUUUUGCCGUUUGUCACAAAACUUGGCCCAAAGUUGCUGUUUGACAGCUGGAAUCUUGCUGCUGACAAUCUCCUCGAGCAGCACAACUACAAGUCCCGAUGGAUCCGUCGCUCCUCUGCACGGAUGACCAAACACGGUCACCACCAGCUCCCACAGACACACAGACUAAGGAUUUAGACCCUCUUUCUUUUUUGCACAAUCCCACAGAAAACAAGCUGUCUGCAUACCAGACAGGAGCAGAGGCUGUGUCAGAUCCGUCAGACCUUAAAGAUAAAUCCACUGAGCCUUUAUCAAAUGUUUCCAAAUGCCUCUCUCAGGAGAAAAGCGCCAUCUCAGACAGUUUGAAGCCUUUAUCAUCCAGCUAUAAUAUCUCAGAGUGUUUGUCACUUUGCUCCGAGCCUGUGCCAGAGGAUGAUGCUUUCAGGGUUUGUAGCUAUUUUGGCUCAACAGAACCUGCAUUACCUCUUUUACCUCACUUCUCUCAUGACCUUAUUUCGCCUCUAUCUGAAUCUUUUUCAGAGUUUCACAUUAAACAAGACCCACAAGAAAAUAGUGCACCUCAACCAUUUGGGGCGAUGUCAUCUACUUCUGAGGGUUCGACGGAGUCAUCUGUCACUGAGCUCUCCAGCUCUGACCACAGUCGAGCCUAUUCUCUAUUAAGGUCGUUCCCACAUCAGUCAGAUAGUUUAGAGAGUGAUACAGUAAUGGCAUCUCUGUCAGACCUUUAUAUCUUUGAAAAUGACACGCAGGACUUCAUCCUGAGCUCUAGUGUAGAUCCCCAGGAAGGUCAAUGUCCUGAAUACCAGCCAUUAUCACAAACACAGGAAAAAAAACCUGACUGCGAUGCACAUGUCCCGCUGUAUGAUUCAGACAAUGUGGUGACACUAUGUCCUCACAGCUCUAUUGACGAACAAACUAUGGUGGACUAUGAGUCAGAUGCGGGUCAGCAUCCGAGGCCACCUGCUGUGGAUGCCUGUGAGGCAGGCUUAAUGUCGGUAAAUGAUGGGAGGCAAGGCAAAGCAGAGGUUGCUGAUUCAACCCCCCGACCACAGAGAAGCGAGAGCCCUGUCGAGCUGUGGGUGGACGCAUGCCAGUAUCUGGGAGGUGAGGAUGCCGAAGACUUGACAGGACAUUCUGUGAUGCAAGAAGGGCUCACCGGUGACUUGUCUUUUAUCCCACGACAGACACAACUAUCAGGUUACAGCUUUGACAGUAGCGAGGGGAUUGGCUGGUCCAGCGAUGACACCAGAGGUUGGGGGCCACCAGUUGAGAGGUGGUCAUCAGUGGACAGCUGGGCAAGUGCACUGUCCGACUGGACUGGGAUCAUCACGGCUCCACCAGAGGACUUCACAGCUGCCUUCACAGAGAUCGGGGCUGAAAUAGAUGCUCUGACACAGGCACUAGCAGAGGUAAAUACUCGUAUAGAACCAGAGACGUCUAAAGAGAUAAAGGGUCGAGAGCCAACAGUGCAGGCACAACCGCAGCCACCCAUGGGUGUCCAGGAUCGGCCUCUAGAGACACAAAACAUCCCAGAGGGCUCCGUCCUCUCUGGGCAGAGCUGCCUCACUUUGUGCCUUGAAGCUGCAGGACAUGAGCUCAGAGACACAGAGGGCUCCCAGAGUGUCGAAUCCUUGAGCGGCCAGGCUGAGUGCUCUCCAUGCCUCACACGCCAGCACUCAUCCACGGGGUCAUCUGGUGCUACGGUGGCCCCGUCCUGGAGUGUGGAUGUGAUCUCUGGGUCUGCAUCCUCUGCUGAGCUUGACCUUUCUCUCUUUGGUGGAUUUGACGAGUCAAAAGUUUCCAUCAGCACUGAGGAAGAUACAAUCAUACUGAAGAUAACAGAGGAUAUAGAUUUGGAGGGACAAAAUACACCUGGAGGGCUGAUAAUCGAGAAGCCCUUUGGAGAUGAAGUGUGUGAAGUGACAGGUGAACACAGCGUCCAUCAGCCAAGCUCCGUUGCCGAGCAGGAAGCCAAAAGGAGCACGAGGCCAGCCGAGGUCGAUUGUAAAGGAACCGAACCAUCAACAGAUCUUAAUUUCUUCAUUGCACAUGCUGUGAUAAGCUCACACGUGCCAGCUGUGCCCACACAACCUGUCCCGAACUUCAAUGUCCACACACACGUGUCGUCUGACACUUUACCAGACCUUGAUGGAGCAUGUCAGGUGGAGCCACAGUGGGAGAGUCCCAAGUUUAUUAUGCCCUUAGCUCCUCUCAGUAUCGGCUCCUCCCUAGUCUGUCGGACAAGCUGCAGUUUGGAAGGAGAGCAAACUUGUGCCAAAAGGCCUCUCAAUGACAACAGUUGUGAUCACACACAACCCUGCGCUCUCUCGCCAACUUCGAAUGGGAUUACUGAGGAAACAUCUUUGGAAGGUGAUGAGGUGAUUCAUAAAAAGGAAAAUACAAUAGACUCUGCUGAGAAAUCUUCACCAGAGAAACAACCGGGCUUGGUUACUGCAAGAAAAACAAUACUCGAGGAGAUUCAUGACCUCAGUAGAGAACUAUCAAACUUGGCUGAUUUCCCUGCAGAUCAUUUCGUCGUCUCAGAGGAGAGCCGUGUUGCGGUCAUCACUUUAGAAUUAAAUGACCCAUUUGUUUCCAGGGUUGCAAAACCCAUCUCCAUAGCCAUACAGCCUGAGUUGAAUCAGAAAACAGCUGAAAAUAUGCCACACAAAACCCACAAGUCCAGCUCAGAGAGCAAGGCACGCUCCAAAAAGGACAAAUCAACUUGUCAUCACUAUGGUGCACAAGUUUCCAAGAAACAGGAGAAUCUAUCUCCCCAUGUCUCGGCCCAGCAGGUCUGCAAACAGCAAGAAACUCAUCCUCUUAUCGAGGAAAUUCACACCAGUGAGAACACUCCAGUUGCAUUUGAGGACAAGGAGGCUAAACUGGUAAUUGAGACCAGCGCAGCAACUGAGAAGGCUCCAAACAAGCCACACGGCAAGAAGAAAAAGAAGCAUGCUCCGAAUGCAACAGCAGUGAAAAGUGUAGCUGAGCCACUGGUUGAAGUAGAAAAUGGAGCAAAACCAAAGACUGCAAAAGGAAGGAUUGAUAUGUUUGAGGCCAAGCUGGGCAUUAAAGCUGGGAAAGCUCAAAAGGACAGUAUUAAGUCAGAUGAUAAAAAGUCCCAGCAACCAGAGAAUAAAUCUUUGCAGGGAGAACAACCCCUGCAUCAUUCAGAUCAUAAAGACCAACAGCCAAAAAAGUUCACCAGUCCUCUAAAAGAUGAUAUCAUCAAAAGACGUCGCCUAUCAGAGGAUAAGUUUGGAAAGAUUGUCAGUGCUUUGGAGUCUAAAUUACCAAAGCCAGAUGUUUCUAUCCAGGCAAAGGGAGAGGAGCCCAAGGCAGAUACAGGGGCAACUCGUAAGAAGCCGUACAGUGAAGUGGUCAAACAAACAAUCCCACCCAAGGAAGAGCCCAAGGUGGUAAAACCUAUCCAGGCAGUAUCAGUGAGCGGGGACCCCCAGAGUCUGUGCCUAUGGUGUCAGUUCGCAGCUGUCUUCUCCAACCACAUAGUCACCUGGCGCAGAGAUGGCACUGUCCUGUCUGAGAUCAAGAGAAGCGCAGGGGACGAGAGCAGAGUGUCACUGACCAUCUCCAACGCUUCCCACAAAGACUUGGGCAAGUACCAGUGUCAGCUCACCAGUCUGAAUGGAUCAGUCUCCCUGGACUAUGUGCUCACAUAUGAAGUGCUCAGUGAGAUUGUCAUCCCUCCAACUCCGAAAACUGUCAUAUCUGCCCCCGUGGAGAUGGAGAGUGAGGAGGAGGAUGUCCACUGCUCCAGGCUGAUUUUCAAAGAGGAUUUCUUAACAGACCAAUGCUUUGGAGAGAACCAACCUGUCAGCAUUGUCACUGAAAAGGUUCACUUCGGGGAGGGGAUGCACCGGCGGGCUUUUCGGACCAAGAUGCGGGCGGGUCAGAUCCCUCUGUUACUGCCUGGAUACCCCUGUGUGCUAAAAGUACACAAUUCUAUCAGCUACGGGACCAAGAACAACGAUGAGCUUGUUCAGAAGAACUUUACCUUGGCUGUAGAGGAGUGCCAGGUCCAGAACACAGCGAGAGAGUACAUCAAGGCGUACACCACUGCAGCUCAGGCUGUUGAAUCCUUUGGAGAGAUCCCAGAGAUCAUUCCCAUCUACCUGGUUCACCGUCCAUCCAAUGACAUCCCAUACGCCACCCUGGAGGAGGAGCUGAUCGGCGACUUUGUCAAGUAUUCAGUCAAGGACGGCAAAGAGAUCAACCUGAUGAGACGGGACUCAGAGGCAGGGCAGAAAUGUUGUGCUUUCCAGCACUGGGUGUAUGAUAAGACUGAUGGCAACCUGCUGGUUACUGAUAUGCAAGGGGUGGGAAUGAGGCUCACUGAUGUGGGAAUAGCCACCUGUAAGAAAGGAUAUAAGGGCUUCAAAGGAAACUGUGCCACCUCCUUCAUUGACCAGUUCAAAGCUCUGCACCAGUGCAACAAAUACUGUGAGAUCCUGGGCCUCAAGUCCCUGCAGCCCAAACCUAAAAAGCCUGCAUCUGCUCCCAAACCCAAACCCCAACCCUCUGCUGCACCCAAGAAGAAAACAUUUGGGCCAACAAUGAAGGGCAAGUCAUAAUAGGAGGAGAAUCUUUGGACUAUGGGGAUUUCAUUUUUAUUGAACUGGUGAGGGUUUAGUUGAUUUGAUUUGCUUUGCUCACGUUGGACCUUGUCUUGCAGAGUUUGGUUUGUCAAAGAUGAAUCAGAAGGUUUUGGGCUGCAGGUGGAAGAUGACAGAGGAGACAGAUGGGUUUGACUCUGGAGGGAGCCACUAUUGUUGUAUAGGAGUUUUUGCUACAUCUCAUGUUGAACAUUUGAGACCAGAGAUGGUCUCUGAAUGAAAGUGUGACACUUUAUUUCACGAGUUUUGGGUAAACUGUGACACUUGAAAAUGAUGACGUUUGUCGACAACGUUGAACUUUGAUGUCUUAGAGAGAUUGCUUUAUUGAUGAAGUUCAAUAGUUUUUCUUUACACAACAACACUUUUUUGUUUGUUUUUUUACUUCUGUGAUGUUUUCAAAUUUAUUACUUCAUUAAAUUAAUGAACUUGUUAAUUAAUUGAUUAGAGGAAAUGUCUUUUAAAUAGGCUGUAUGAUGAACCACACACAGUAGAGAACAUGUAUUGUUUUGAGUUCAGUAUGAGUGGGUCAGUUUUGUGUGUUUGGUUUGCGAGGUGACACAGGUGUUUGAUGAACAUGUAUUCGUUUAGUGUCAUAUCAUUAUAAUGUUCAUAUAGGAAAAGGUACUGAUUCAGGAUGAGCUCACAUUUUAUUCUGGAAACAACAAAGUCAUUUUGUAAAGCUUGUGUAAAGUAUACUUUUGAAUGUAUUCACUGAAAAAAUGUGAAGAUUUAUUGAUUUGUCAUUUUAUUACCUGGUGCAAAUCUUCUUCUGAUUUUCUGGCAUCAUUUCAAGGAUCCAGUCUGCGGCCUAGCUCAAACUAAGUCACUGACAUGUGAAACUAAACCCGUUCAGAGCCUGUCUGCAUACAUAUGAUAUCAAUAACAUACCAGCUGUUCAAUGGCACACAGUCUCCAUAUAAUAAGCUCCUCUGUCCUACUCUCACUGUUGCUUUUUAAAUCCCUGACCCAAAUUGCUGACAUGGCUCUCAGGUUGAGGCUUUCGGCCAGCGUAUAUGCACACACUUGAUCUUUGUCAUUAAAGAGAUGUUGCUGGUUGGA